AUGGACCAGAGGGACAUGGCUUUAUCUGAGCUGUCACAGACUGAACAGGAAACACACUGUCUGGCAGAUACAGUGAGUAUUUUAUCAAAAGAAAAUAAUGAAAAAGUAAAGAGAGAUAACUGGUCUUCGAAGACUGACUACUUGCUCUCGAUGAUCGGCUGUGCUGUGGGUCUGGGCAAUGUCUGGAGAUUCCCUUACCUGGCUUACAGACAUGGAGGAGGUGUAUUUCUUAUUCCCUAUUCUGUCAUGCUGGGCCUUGUUGGAAUACCAAUGUUUUUCUUGGAGUCUUCCUUUGGGCAGUUUGCCAGCCUUGGGCCUGUUGCAGUGUGGAAAUCUGUACCAAUAUUACAAGGUGUUGGAAUCACCAUGGUCCUUCUGAUUACAAUUGCCAAUAUUUCUUAUGCCUGUAUCAUCAGCUACAGUCUGUACUACCUGUUUGCUUCCUUCCAAUCACCCCUGCCGUGGGCAGACUGCUUCAGUUGGUGGGGAGCAGAUGAAACAUGCAGCAGGACUUCCAAAGAUCCAUUCUGCAACUUUACUCUGGACGAUGGAUAUUUUGAAAUUGUUAAUACAACAUGGCUGCAGAUGUACAAUGAAACUUGUCCAAAUGGAUCAGAAAUCUCUUUUCCUCACCAGGGUCCGGGUGAACAAUACUGGGACAAAGCAGUUUUGCACCGUACAAGUUCAUUGGAUGAGACUGGGGAGAUAGUCUGGUAUUUAGCUCUCUGUCUACUUCUAGUCUGGCUGAUGGUUGGGGCAGCAGUUUUGAAAGGAAUCAAAUCUUCAGGAAAGGCUGUUCAUUCCACUGUAAUGAUCCCAUAUGUGGUUCUGACCAUACUCCUGAUCCGAGGGGUUACCCUGGAGGGAGCCUCUGAAGGAAUUGACUUCUACAUCGGAAGCCAGUCAGACUUCUCCAAACUGGCUGACGCUGAGGUGUGGAAAGAUGCUGCAACACAAAUUUUCUACUCGGUCUCAGUGGGUUGGGGCAGUUUAAUCACAUUGUCAUCCUACAACAAAUUCCACAACAACUGUUAUCAAGAUACCAUCGUUGUCUGUGUUGUUAAUUGCGCUACAAGUGUGUUUGCGGGAUUUGUCAUCUUCUCCACUCUUGGACACAUGGCUCAUGUGCAAAACAAGCCUGUUUCAGAGGUUGCACAGUCAGGUUUGGCUUUAGCCUUUAUUGCCUACCCAGAGGCCCUUGUACAGUUGCCGUGGGCAACUUUAUGGUCCAUUUUAUUUUUCUUCAUGCUGAUCACUCUCGGGCUUGACACACUGUUUGCAAGUUUUGGAACAGUAAUGACAAGCCUGCUGGACCAGUUCCCUGAGUUCCUCCGGUCAAAGCGUCUUUAUCUGACAGCUGGUGUUUGUUUGUUAUUUUAUUUCCUUGGCCUUGUGUGUGUAACACAGGCUGGGAUUUAUUGGUUUCAUUUAAUGGAUUAUUUCUGUACUGGAUGGAUUCUCAUUACAGUUGGUCUGUUGGAACUCCUUGGUCUCAGCUGGGUCUAUGGGAUAAAUAGAUUCAUCAAGGACAUUGAGAUGAUGAUUGGGGAAAGGAAUUGGUUCUUCUGGCUGUGGUGGAGAGCGUGUUGGAUUCUGAUCUCUCCGUGUGUUUUAAUUGCAAUCUUAAUCUGGUCCGUAACAACAUUUGCCCCUCCAACAUACGGACCUGUUGAAUACCCUGUCUGGGCAAUAGCACUGGGCUGGUGUAUGAUCACCUUCUGUACUAUGUGGAUUCCCAUCGUGGCCGUAGUGAGAGUUGUCCAAGCUGAGGGCUCCACCUUGUGGCAGAAAAUUUCUGCCGCAUGCGCGUCAGCUCCUGAAUGGGGACCAUACCUGGAACAACACAGAGGGGAGAGAUACAGAAAGAAGCCGGAUUCUACAGAAGCCCUGAAUCAUGUGCAACCUCUUGCCACUCCUCAGAUUUGA